UGUGCGCGAGUCGCCAUGGCGGCGGCGGCGGGGCUCUUCGAACUGGAGGUGUUGGUUGAGGCGGUGCAGGUGGAGGUGCCGCUGCCGGGCCCCGGCCCCGUGGUGUGCCCGGCCUUAACGCUGCGCCUCCUGGACUUCCCCACCCUCCUGCUGCUCCCCGCCGCCUCCGCGCUGCCCCUGCGGCCGGGACGGACCUUCCCCUUUGGCCGCGGCAAGCGCUGCCUCUUCCGCUGGUGCCGGGGCUCACUCUGCGCCGCGCUCCGCCGCCGGCCGCUCCGCGUACUGCUCCUGGCGCUGCCCGCGGGGCUCGGCCCGGGGCCCUCCCGCCUUCUCGGCAGCUGUGGUGUCUCCCUGGCCCCCGCCGCAGCCGAGUUGCUCCAGCGGCCCGGGGCGCCUGCCUCCUGCUGUCGCCGCGGCCGCUUCCCUUUGCGGGACGCUGCGGGCCGCCCCGUCGGGGAGCUGGUACUGAGCUACCGGCUCAGCAGCCUGGAGGCCGGUGAGCAGCCGUCCCCGCCGAGCCCCGUUAGCCCCCGCGCUGCCACGCCUCCUGCCACCUCUCCAGAGCCGGGGAGCGAGGAAGAGGAGGACGAGGGUGAGGUGCUGGAGGGCAACAUCUUUUGCCCUCCCAUGCUCUAUUACAGCCAUGAGACUGCUAAGCCACAUCUGCCACCAGCAGCAGCGGCUGCAGGGCAGUGGGAACGUGUCGAGGCCUGGGGACCACAGGAGAAAGGCAAGGACCAGAGCCCCCCACGUCCCAGUGCUGGGCCCUCGUUGCUGCACUCAGCCAGCCCUCCACAGCUCUGCAGUGUCCUGGGGCAGCUGCCGGUACUUAGUGCCUUGCUGGCAGAGCUGUCAGUGUUCACCCACAGUGCUGUGCCUGGUGCUGCACAUCCCCCUCUUGCAUGGCUCUACCGGGCUCCAGGAAGCAAUGGCAUGGCCUCACAGGCUCCCAGCCCCAGCCAUUCCUCUGCCCUCAAGCCUCCAGAGGCACCUGUGGGGCCUGGUGAGAGCAAUGGAGCUGCCAACCCUCAACUCAAGCAAGGCCAUCAAGAGGCCAUCUCUGCAGCAUCUUCUCAGGCUGGGAGAGGAUCUAGGAAAGCUGUACCCCAGGUAGAGAUGGGCUCUGAAAGGAACUGCGGAACUAAGGAAAACAGACCUCCCAGAAAGAAAUUGUUGUAUGGGCUGACAAAUACACUGAGGCUACGGCUGCAGCAAACCAACCCUGAUAAACUGGUAAUUCAUGAAAGGAGAGAACAGUACAGAAAAAAGCAAAUAGAGAUGAUGAAGGAGAGAAGCCCUUCAUCCAAAAGAAAGCUGCUCAGAAGUGCUGGAGGACAGCAUGUGAUUUCUUACAGGCAUUGUAGCAAGGGAGACAGUUCAAAGCGGAAUAAUCAGUUCGAUAAAGCUAUUCAGACUUCAUUACAAAACAGUGCUCUCGCAGAGUCCAUUUCUGUGACAAAAGAUAUGUCCCCUGACCUGCAGAAACAGGCCACUGCAAGUCCACUUAAGAGUGAUCAAAUUGCAAGCAAGGAACAUCCAUGCAAAGUAUCUACAGCCCCCUUACUGGAGGAAACUGUAUUAAAAUCUGCUCACAAGGAAACGUAUGCAAAAACCGAACUCCCAGUAGCUUUCCCAUCAGAUGCUAAUGCAAAGAAAAGUAAUGAGGAAUCAAUACACUUCGUCCAUCCUAAAACAACAGAGCAUGAUAAUGCAUCUGUUAUAAGUGAUCAUAAACUAGGCCCCAGCAGGAGUGCUGAAGACAACUCUGAAUUUAUUUACUCAGAUGACUUCGUUACUAGUCCUGAGAACACAGUUUAUUCAGAAGAUUUCACCAGUGCUGAGUGUACGGACAGAGACUCAGAAGCUCUUGACAGUAAUCCUGAACCUCUGUGGCUUGAAAGCCCAAAGCAAGGUUGCUCAGACACAGAGGUGGAAUCCAGCAGGUCCAGAAUUUCAAAGACAAGUCAAAGAGCUGAAAGUACUUCAGAUCUUCUGCCGGUUCCUUCAGCUUUAUCUCCAGUCCAGUCUUUGCAGAGAAACCGUGACUUAAAAAUCAGCAGAACUAGUGCAGGCAGCCCCAUUGCAGAGUAUUCCCAAGACUCCUCAUUUACAUCCGAGAUCCCAGCACCACUGUGGAACCUAUACCUGCAGAUGUGUGAUACUGAAUCACUCCCCCAGCAUACUGACCUAACCUCCAUAAAUGUGUCACUAAAGGCACAAUAUGAACAGUGAGCAGAGAGACCACACAAAGAAAUUGCCUACAAGGGUGCAAGCUGGUGGAAGAACUUUUGGUAGUUUAGACAUUUGAGCUAACACUUCCAAAUUGUUUCCUAUCUAGCACUAAAUGGCAUUAUUUGCGUAAUAAACUAGAAUCCAAAC